AUGUUCUCACGAUCAGUAUUCCGUGGUCUAGCCGCUGACCUUCGGUUGUUCACUCCGAUCUCGACUUCCACCGCAGCGGCUCCCCUUCGGCAACGAGCUUGCCUGCACCAAACCAGUCUCCUCCGAACACAGCAACAAGAGAUCUCAAAUCAAUCCUCCUCGUCUUCAAACCCUGAAUUACCGCUGAGCGCUGCUCGUCGUGCCCAAGACUCCGAACCAGAAGUUCAGCACUCUCCCAAGGUUCCCUCAUACGACCCUUCUUCUCCAUCCUCCACGCCUCGAACUCGCGCCGACGUUCCUCUCGCCAAGCAACCCGUCGCGCCUACUUUUGAAUCUCCUCUCGAAGUCAGCAAGAGUCUCCUGUCCCGAUUGCCUCAUCUUGUCGGUCAAUCGCCACACUAUAUUGUCGCGGAGCUGCAUGCUCGUCCAUACUUGUUGACCGAGGGCGACCACGUCCGUCUUCCUUUCCUGAUGCCCAAGGUCAAAUCGGGCGAUAUUCUUCGAUUCAAUCGCGCCACCGCCCUGGGUUCCCGAGAUCUAACGAUGAAGGGCUCACCACACCUCGACGAACGUUUGUUUGAGUGUCGCGUCCGCGUGGUUGGUGUCGAGUCCGAGCCGCUGCGUAUCAAGGAGAAGACCAAGCGGAGACAGCGCCAUGUUCGACAAGUUCGAAGCAAGCACCGUCAUACGAUCCUGCGUGUGAUGGAAGUUAGGGUGAAGACACCCGAGCAGUUGCUGGAGGAAGGCGCUAUUGUCGUUGAGGACAGCGAGGAUACAUCUACAAUUGAAGCUCGGUCAUAG